AUGUGUGACUGCUGUUGUGAAAUUUUCUUACCUGCAGUUGUGUUGCUGUUAAACGAGAAAGAGGAAGCAGCCUGUGUCUGUUGCAGUUGGUUGAGGGCAGUGCCAAAGCUGAAUCCCCCUGACGCUGGGGCAGUGCCAAAGCUGAAUCCCCCUGACGCUGGGGCAGUGCCAAGGCUGAGGCCCCCUGACGCUGGAGCAGUGCCAAGCCUGAGGCCCCCUGACGCUGAGGCAGUGCCAAGCCUGAGGCCCCCUGACGCUGGGGCAGUGCCAAGCCUGAGGCCCCCUGACGCUGGAGCAGUGCCAAGCCUGAGGCCCCCUGACGCUGAGGCAGUGCCAAGCCUGAGGCCCUCUGACGCUGGGGCAGUGCCAAGCCUGAGGCCCCCUGACGCUGGGGCGGUGCCAAAGCUGAAGCCUCCUGACGAGGGGGCAGUGCCAAGGCUGAGGCCCCCUGACGCUGGGGCAGUGCCAAGGCUGAAUUCCCCUGACGCUGGGGCGGUUCCAAGGCUGAGGCCCCCUGACGCUGGGGCAGUGCCAAGGCUGAGGCCCCCUGACGCUGAGGCAGUGCCAAGCCUGAGGCCCCCUGACGCUGGGGCAGUGCCAAGGCUGAGGCCCCCUGACGCUUGGGCAUGCCAAGGCGGAGGCCCCCUGACGCUGGGGCAGUGCCAAGGCUGA